GAGGUCCGUCCUCUGGGGAAUGUGAAGCAUGCAGGUGGAUACAGUCUUUGUGCUCCUGUGUGUUUGGCUCGCUGCUGCAGCCGGGAAGACGGUUCAGCCGAGAGGUCACAAGCUGGAAACCUACAAACAAAGCAGGUCAAGAAGAGAAACCAGAAUGGAUGGAGGAGGUGGUCAUAAAUCUGGGAGCCCAAUUUACAAACGAAGCCCAGACCUGACGAAAUCUCCGGUGACCAAAUCUGAGCAGCUCCUGAGGAUAGAUGACCACGAUUUCACCAUGAGGCCGGCGUUCGGAGGUCCUCCGAUACCUGUUGGAGUAGAUGUUCAAGUUGAAAGUAUUGACACCAUCUCUGAGGUGGAUAUGGACUUCACCAUGACGCUGUAUUUACGUCACUACUGGAAGGACGAGCGGCUGUCGUUUCCGAGCACCACCAACCAGAGCAUGACCUUUGACAGCCGCCUGGUGAAGAAAAUAUGGGUUCCUGACAUGUUCUUUGUCCACUCCAAGCGCUCGUUCAUCCACGACACCACCACGGACAACGUCAUGUUGAGAGUUUACCCUGAUGGCAACGUUCUCUACAGUCUCCGAGUCACAGUCACUGCAAUGUGCAACAUGGACCUCAGCCGCUUCCCUCUGGACACCCAAACCUGCUCCCUGGAGAUUGAGAGCUAUGCGUACACAGAUGAUGACCUGAUGCUGUACUGGAAAAAGGGAAAUGAAUCUCUCAACACAGACGACCGGAUAUCUCUGUCCCAGUUCCUGAUCCAAAAGUUUCACACCACCACCAAGCUGGCUUUUUACAGUAGCACAGGCUGGUACAAUCGUUUGUACAUCCACUUCACCCUGCGGCGCCACAUCUUCUUCUUCCUGCUGCAGACCUAUUUUCCGGCCACUCUCAUGGUCAUGCUGUCCUGGGUCUCCUUCUGGAUUGAUCGCAGGGCCGUGCCCGCCAGGGUACCACUAGGCAUCACUACGGUGCUGACCAUGUCCACCAUCAUCACCGGAGUCAACGCCUCCAUGCCCCGGGUGUCCUACAUUAAAGCAGUGGACAUUUACCUCUGGGUCAGCUUUGUCUUUGUCUUCCUGUCGGUGAUAGAGUAUGCAGCAGUGAACUACCUCUCAACCGUGCAGGAGAGGAAAGAGAGGAAGCUGCGGGAGCGACUGCCGUGCACGUGUGGCAUCGGCAACCCCGAUGAGAUGAUGAUCGACCCACAGAUCACCGGGUACGGGUCCAUGGAUGUCAACACCACAGGAAACUAUGGGAUGCCUGAAAAUGGUGGCCGCCAAGAACGAAUUCUGGCCCAGGUGGCGCUGAACGACCCGCAGAUCACAGGGCAGGUGAAGGCAUCCAGAGGUUAUGUUAACAUCUGGAUUGACACCCACGCCAUAGACAAGUACUCGAGGGUUGUUUUUCCCGGAGCGUACAUUCUCUUUAACAUCAUCUACUGGUCCAUAUACUCAUAAACUGGGAUGCAUUAAGAGAGCAGUGCAUGAUGGGACAACUGCUCGGCUCAUUAGCUCACGGGCUA